AUGGUGGAAAAAGAGCGGAAAGCGAUGUUGCGCUACGCUGAUGUGACAUUUUGUGCGGAGGUUGGCGAUUGGUUCAUUCACUCCUCAUCCACCCCGCCCUAUUUGAAACACGUCCGUGUUCGGUACGCAAAUUUUCGUCAUGUGCUGAGAGUUCAGUCAAACAGUCCGGGAGCAUUCGUAUGUUUUACCGUCGCCAAACUAUCGUGCAUGCUGCUGUCCCAUCUAAGUCCCGUUUCAGCAAUGAAAAGGACAAUGCACGCACCUCGAAUGUCUCGAAAAAAGGUAGGUGAUAAUGGUGGAGAAUUUAAUUAA